GCCAUGUCUCUGAGCUGUACCAUGGUGUGUGUUUUGUUGUGUCUUUCUCACCCGAGUCACAUGUCUGAGGUGAACCUGCAGCGUUUUAUCGGCUGUGCUGUCAGAGAAUUCACCUUCGUGGUCCAAAAGCCAGGAUGUGGGAGACUGAAGAUCACAACUGAUGCCUGUUGGGGACGCUGUAAGACCUGGGAGAAACCCAUCCUGGAGCCGCCCUCCAUCGAGUCGCGUCAGCAAGUGUGCACUUACAGCCAGACCCAAUUCACCACCGUGCAGCUGCCCAACUGCUCGGCCGGCGUGGAUCCGUCCUACACCUACCCCGUGGCCCUGAGGUGUGAGUGUGGAGUGUGUGUGACCAGCACCACCGAGUGUCUCACCUCCGUCUGAGAGAGGCAGCAUCCGAGAGAGA